AUGAAUGAAACGAAUGAAGUGGACGAAGGUAAUGAAGCGGAUGGAGUGAAUGGAGUGGAUAAAGUGGAUGGAGUGAAUGAAGUGGAUAAAGUGGAUGAAUUGGAUGAAGCGGAUGAAGUAUAUGAAGUGAAUAAAGUGGAUGGAAUGGAUGGAGUUAAUGAAGCGGAUGAAGUAAAUGAAGUGGAUGAAGGGAAUAAAGCGGAUGAAGUGGAUGAAGUAAAUGAAGCGGAUAAAGUGGAUGGAGUGAAUGAAGUAAAUGAAGUGGACGAAAUGAAUGAAGUGGAUAAAGCGGAUGAAGAGGAUGAAGUGGAUGAAGUAAAUGAAUCGGGUAAAGUGGAUGGAGUGAAUGAAGUUGACGAAAUGAAUGAAGCGGAUUAA